ACCAUCAUUACCACGCAAUAACUUCAUGGUUCGUUCAGUCCAUAUUCAGACUCUUCUGCUACAAAACACCAUCCCCAACGUCCCCCGCAAAUAAUGAAAUGUCGUUGGUUGGUGGGUAUUAUAUUUCGUGUACAAAUCUGCAUCGUCGAAAGUGAGAGGUUCUCAGCCGAAGAAUUGCUUUUGUUUGGGUCUCUUCACCGCCGUGGCGCUCGUGUUUUGUAACCGUGUUGAUUCUGUCUGUAGGAAGAAGAAUACAUUCACCUGAGAAGCAGCAGUGUUGGAGAUGAUAGUUUUUGGUUUGGUGGUGGUGAGUGAGUAAUGGUGUAAAUGGAAUGAAUAACAAAUGCACAAUUUGAAUAACCAAAAGCUUCGGUGGUGUCAAAUUCAACACAACACAGCAGCAUUUCAUUUAGUAGGCAUCUGUCGUGAUCUCAUCUUUUUAUAUCGACAUCACCCAUUACGCUAAAAAGUGUGUAGUGUGGUCUAUUUUCUAAUGUCUGUUGUUUACAAGUUUCUACACUUUUACAUUACAUUAAUCGAGAAUUUUGCUGGAUUUUACAACAAUAGGUGGUCGUGUCUUGAGUGCUGAUAAUAUAAAGCAAACCAAUUAAAAUGUUGAAGUUUAUUCGGGGGAAAGGAACUCAUCUUUCGGCUGAAAGGAUUAAAAUUCAAAAGGAACUUUAUGCAUAUAGAAAGACUGUUACACAUGGAUUUCCUUCAAAACCUACGGCCCUGGCUUAUGAUGCAGACCUUGGAUUAUUAGCGAUUGGCAACAAAUCGGGAUAUUUGAUUGUAGUUGGACAGCCAGGUGUAGAAUUUUCAGGUCAACAUCCAUCAGAUGACUCAGCAGUGAUCCGAAUUGCAUUUGUUCCUAAAACUGCCAAACUUAUAACGCUGUGUGAUAACAAUUCCUUACAUCUUUGGAGGUUCCGAAAUUCUCACUUUGAAUUGGUAAAAAGUUAUUCUUUGGAAGGAAAAUUAAAGAAGAUUUCCACGCUAGUUGUAAAAUCUGAUGGAAAACAAGCUUAUAUAGGAACAGAAGGUGGAAAUAUAUACACUCUUGAUAUCGAGAAAUUUGAAGUCGGAGAUAAAAUUAUAUACUUGGAUGUCGUUCUUCAAAAUGGUCCUGAAAAUUACAAGGUCAAUCCGGGAGCAGUCGAGUCAAUCUUGGAAGUCCAGUCAGAGGGAAAGCUAAUUAUUGGAUAUGAGCGAGGGCUAAUCGUCUUGUGGGAUCUUGUUACACAGAAAAACAUACGGGUAAGAUCUAAAAUGAUCAUCCGAGGUACACAAAUAUCUAACAAUAACAAAUUGUACGGCUUUCAGAACUAUGUAUCGACCCAACAAUUAGAAAAUGUAUGCUGGUAUGAGGAUGGGAAUGAGUCCUUGUUUGUUUCAUCUCAUAAUGAUGGUUCCUACGUUAUCUGGGACAUUGAAAAUGGAAAUAAACCAAAAAAGGACGCUACCACACCUUAUGGUCCAUUUCCUUGUAAGAGAAUCGGAAGGAUGAGAUUCUGGAACGAUGCAGAUGGAGAAAGUAUGUGCGUUUUUAGUGGUGGAAUGCCUAGGGCAGCGUAUGGUGACCAUUUCACAGUCACCAUUAAAUCCGAAGCAUCUUCUGAUGGACCUCAUGUAACCUUUGAUCUUUCUUCCAAAGUCAUCGAUUUUGUAUUAAUUCAGUCUCCAAAUCAAGUCGAACGAGCAGUAGAAAAUGGCGAAGAUGAGGAAGAAGAGAUGCAUUCUCAGCCUAUAGCACUUGCCAUUCUUGCUGAGGAAGAAUUAGUUAUGAUUGACUUAACUUCUGAAAACUGGCCUUCCAUGUACCCGCUGCCAUACUUAAAUUCCAUUCAUCCCUCCGCCGUUACAUGCUUUCAACAUAUCGAUAACGUUAGCGAUCAAGUAUACAACGUUUUGAAAAAGAUUGGAAUACGUGGAGAGCAUUCAAAGAAACCAUGGCCCUUAACCGGUGGCAAAUUAGUUCCCCGACCCGCUGAGGCUAAUUCAUCGUCAAAGGGUGCUACCACUGCAAGUAAGAAACCUCGAGGAAAAUCUCUGCUCAUCACUGGCCAUGAAGAUGGAUCUGUUCGAUUUUGGGACUACACGGACAUUUGUUUGACAUUAUUGACAAAAUUCAGUUCUUCCGUCUUAUUCAGCAGUAACAUGGAUGACUUGGAUGGUCCAAUUCUUGAUUCGAGUAAUACCAAAGAUGAUGAAGACGAUGAGUGGCCACCAUUUAGAAAAGUCGGAGUUUUCGAUCCAUACUCAGAUGAUCCAAGACUCGCGGUAAAGAAAAUAGGAUUCUGCCCGACAACUGGUGUUCUUGUCGUUGGUGGCACUGCAGGACAAGUCGUGGUCGUCAAUUCACUCAAGCGAGGCAUCUUGGAAGAACCGUCUAAACUCGAGAUUACAACAUGUAAUUUGGUGGCCGACAAGGAUGGGUUUGCAUGGAAGGGACACGGGCCACUCGAUUUUAAACCAAAGAAUAAUCCAAAUAUUGGCAACAGAGAGGGCGAAGAAACCUUUGUUGUGGGUGCACUAGUUCAAAUUCAGCCUCCAGCAGCAGUGACUGCACUUGCUCUGGAUGCUCCUACCGGCGUUACAGCUAUUGGUACUGCGCACGGAGUUUUACUUUACGAUUUUUUUAGAAGAAAGGUCGUCAUUACCAGAUCUACUUUAAACCCCAAUGAUAUAAUGGCUGCUGGAGAUACUCCAAUUUCUAGGCGAAAAUCUAUCAAAAAAUCUCUUCGCGAGUCUUUUCGCAGAUUGAGGAAAGGCCGAUCUCAGCGCCUGCCUACAAGUCCGGUGAAAAGCCCUUCAAUGUCUGCAAUCCAAUCGAACGAACCACCAUCAAAGUCUGUGGAGAGGGCAAUUGAAGCUCGAGAUGAAUCUAUGACCUCAAUGGUCCGAUGUGUCACAUUUGCGAAAACUUACAUUGUUAGCUUGCAAACAACGACUCCAACUUUAUGGGUGGGCACGAAUGCUGGUACCGUUUACGUGUUUACAAUUAAUAUCCCUGGUGGCGAGCGGAGAUCGAAGGAGGACGUGGGAUGUCAGAUUGCCAAAGAAAUUCAACUGAAACACAGGGCCCCAGUUUUGUCAGUUAUAAUCUUAGAUUGUAAUCAAGGAGCAAUUGAAGGAUUUUCUCCUCAACAUGAUCAUCUUGGUCCUCACAAAGUGGCUUUAUCGAGUGAAGAACAAGUGAAGAUGUUUACUUUGCCCGCACUACGACCUUUUGGAAAAAUGAAAUUAACAGCACAGGAGGGGUCUAGAUUACGAGUAAUUCGGGUGCAAACAUUUACGUCCUCGGCAGAUCCUUCAUAUUCCGAAAAGUGUUUGAGUUGCAUCACCAAUCAAGGAGAUUUAUACGUUAUUAGUGUCCCAGACCUCAGAAAACAAAUUGUAUUCCAUCAGUGUCUAAAACGGGAAGAUAUCACUGGAAUUUCAAGUUUUACUUUCAACGAAUUUGGCGAAGCCGUAUAUCAAAUAAGUUCGAGCGAGCUGCAAAGAAUAAGCAUAUCUACAAGUGGAGCCGUUUUUCCUCGUUGUUCCAUUAAUGGGCAUGUGGAAGAAACGACAACUUCAAAAUCAGAGUCAAACCAUGUUGUGCUUUCGCCAAUUUCACCCUCUACAUCGAAUACGUCGAGCAUGCAGGUUGAUGAUACUUCUGAAGCCGGAGAUAUUACGAUAGAUAGUGUACGGGAUCACACAAACAGUUCACCGCUUCCUCCUGCUGUGACCAGCACAACGGUUGUUGAAGAACGUCUUAUCGACGGUGGUACGUUGCUUUCUACGUCGUCAACUGCUGAUGGAGUUAAGAGUCAGAUUCGUAGUGUCACCACCGUCACGACUACAACAGUAGUAAAUUCCGUCCAAAAUACGAGUGCAAGUAACAACGCAGCAGCCUCCACAUCCACGACAGCCUCCUCAGAAACCACCGUAGUACGUGCCCCUUUGGCAGAAGAAGAGAAUGAAGAAAAUAGCAACAAUUUUGCUCCUCCUCGGGAAUCGGCCCUUUGAGAUUGUCGCAACUUAGAUUUUAUCUCAGUGGACGUUGAUAUUGUAAUCGACCACCAAUUCUUACUGUAUUAUUAGAAUUACUAAAACAAAUGCUUCUGACCGUUGCUAUAUUGCCUUGUCUAAACAUUUCUCUGGACUGGAAAGAUUGAUGGCUGCCUCACACGUUAGCUAUUAGGUUUAGUUGAAAUAAUAAGUUGUAGCUCGUACUUAAUUCUCAUUUCGUGCUAUAUGGUAAUCCCGUCGGUAACACAGCUAGUUGUUGGCAAUGCAAUGUUAUGUAUGUAUUAGUACUUAUUGAACAGGCAUUUACUUGUUAAUUUUAGUUAUUAAACUUGUUACGAGCGGUUUUGGGAUAUUUUAUCGAAUUGCAUUUCCAAUUAAUUAGAUAAUGUUUGCGGUAGCUAUUUAGCUUCUUUGCUAGUUGACGCCAAUUUUUAAUGAAUUAUAUAUAUUCUAGUAGACUAGGAUUUGUGCUGAUUUGUAAUUGUUAUCAGUGGUACCAUUUGUGCGUACCCUCAUCACAUCUCUCUAUAUACAUAUAUAUUAUAUAUACGUAUGUUAAUAAUCGUAUCGACAAUGAUGACUCUGAUCUUUUAGAAAAAUAUGUGCCUUCUAAAAAAAUCAAUCUGCAAAAAAUUUUUCAUUUCAUUUCAUCACACAUGGCUGAAUUAAUAAUUAGUUACUCCAUGUUUUUAAUUAAUUGUGAUUGAUUGAUGUUCAAAUUGAUCUUAUAUGACUGAUGUUUUUCAUACAUAUUUUGCAAAAUUUCAUGCUAUAAAAUGCACUUAACAAAUAAAAAUGAAAAAUAAAAACAAUUUCUUGUAAUGACAUACUGAUAA